AUGUCAGAAAGCCUCUACUCAGAAGAACUGAGGGCAGUGCCUCAGGACCAGCGACUACGGUCGGAAGGUCAAUGGAGAGUCUGGAUAGGCCAUAUACGAUCAGCAGCUAUCUCCGAAGAUGUGUGGGAAUACUUGAAUCCAGAUCUUUCCGAAGAGAGCGUACGACAGGUUCCGGAGGCCGCCCAAGAGCCUCAACCUAGCAGUAUUCGCGAAGACGUGGAGGAUGAGUUUGAACUCACAGAGAAGGAAUUUACCCAGUGGACUCGACGCAUUCAAGCCUACGAUAGACGUGAGACUCAACGGGUGCGUCUGCUGAAGGUGAUGGCACGCAUGAACAGUCUAAUCACACGUUCUCUCGCAACCGAGUAUCACUAUCUCACUGUCGAUGAGGUUUCGCCGCAUCAGAAACUUGUCAGGCUAGCUCGUGAAUUCAAGCCAAAGCCAGAGACCCGGACCGAAGAGCUUCGACUUGCGUGGAGAGCCAUGAUCAAACAACCAGCGAAUAACGUCAAUACAGAUCACUGGCUCACUCAGUGGACGAGUCUAUAUGAGGAAGCAAAGUGUGCAGAUGUGCCUGAUGUGGUAUACAGUGUCAAGUACGCUAUCCGAGACUUCCUGCGCGCUAUUCAGCCUAUAGAUGACGUAUUCUGCACCGCGUGGCAGGAGAAAAUCCUCAUACACGAUAUAUCCUUCCAUGACGUUAUCUCCUCAUACCGAUCACGUCGUAAGGCUCUUGGACAGUCAGCGAAGAAGGGAUCGUCGAAGGUUGCACUUGCCACGCUAGAUGGUCAGCAUGAGGCGAGACUUGGUCAAAAUAAGUCCAAACUAGCGGAGAAAACGUACCGUACACGGUGCCCGUGUGGUAAUGGCGCCCAUACGUAUCAGCAGUGCUACUAUCUCAACAAAUCGCUGAGGCCAGAAGGCUGGAACCCGAACGAAGCUGUGGAGAAGAAAAUCCCUGAAUUCAUCAAGAGGAUGAGUCUCCAGGACCAGGAAGCCAUCGCAAAGCUAGCCAAGACCGAAUCAGCUCAGUUUGCAGCCUCAGAAGAUCAACGGUCGAUCGAACAGAUCAUCUCUAUGUUUUCGCAUGAUCUUGCGGUACAAGCGGCGCAAGAGAGUGAUGAGUUUCCGCUAAAGAAUAGCUGGAUCGUUGAUACCGGCGCGAAUACUCACAUCAGCAACGAUCGCGAGAGAUUCGUCUCAUUCACUCCUGCUGACUACACUGUCAUCACCGGAGACGCUUCUACAAGAAUUCAAGGCUUUGGAACGGUGAGAGUGAACCUCACAGACCCCGAGACCGGAAAGACCUCUAUCGGAGAGGUCUCGGACGUACGGUAUUCGCCAGGAUUCCACACGAACCUACUAUCCGCGUCGAGACUGAAGAGCAAGGGAUUCAUCAUGGAUAUCGAGUUACUAGCACUCGUUCACUGCGGUCAGCCUAUUGCAAAGCUCGAGGAGAAAUGUGGGCUAUACGUACUCGAAUACCGGCCAAUUCCGGCUGGGUUCGCGACAGUCAAGCAUUCACAAAAACCACUAAUAUCCUCAGCCACGGCCGAGCGUUGGCAUCAACGCCUAGGUCAUAUGUAUGAUCAGCGUAUCCAGAAACUUGCAGAACUCGUUGAUGGAAUCAAGAUCACUGGUCAACAUAUCGAUAAUGCUAUCGGCAAUCCUGAGAGAUGUGAAGUCUGUCAAAUGACUAGCGCAAAGCGCCAAAUCUCGAGAAGAGUUCAUGGAACCAAGUACGGCAGAUAUGGUCGAAUUCACUUUGACCUUGUGCGGAUCGAGACAGCAUACAACGAUGAUAAGUGGAUGACACACUUCUACGUCGAAGGGAUACGCUUACAUGCCGCCUCUACACACGAGAAGAAGAGUGGUUGUCAGGAUGCAGUCAAGCAUUUUGUCGCGUUCGCAAUAACACAAUUGAAGCUGCCAAUUCGAGCCUUUCGCUAUGAUAACGAGCGCGCUGCCGGCCGCACGGUAGAAGAUUUCCUUCGUGAAUGUGGCUUCAUCGUGGAACACAGUGUGGUGGGCACACCAGAGAUGAACAGCUUCAGUGAACGAUCUGGGGGGGUGAUAAUUGCGAGGGCACGAGCCUUACUGCUAGAAGCAGGCCUUCCGAAGGCUCUCUGGCCAGAAGCCGUCAAAGCAGCUAUAUACAUCAUCAACAGAUCGCCCACUAAGCUUCCAAACGGUCAGUGGAUUAUUCCAUACGCUGAGGCAACAGGAAUCGACCACGCACAGCCAAAACAACGCAUCAACCUCUCAAAUCUGCGGCUAUACGGAUGUCGCGCUUACGUGCGCCGUCAGGAUAUUCCAAAGAGCCACAAGAUGGAGCCGCGCGCGGAUAUCGGAUAUCUAGUAGGCUACACAGCCUCGAACAUCUGGCGAGUGUGGUUUCCGCGCAGAGGAGCCGUGCGAGAGGUCAGGGACGUAGUAUUCGAUGAGAAUCUACGAUAUGACCCCAAAGAACUAGAAAAGCCACCUAUUAGCGACGUAAUCGAAGCUAUGCCAUGGGAAAUUGGUGAAGACGAGCAUGAGGAUAUCGAGCAGCUCACACAGCUUGACAACCAGCCAGAAACAAACGAGCCAGCUAGUGAGAGUACUCAGCAGUCACCAGAGGCCAUACCGGACGUUCAACGCCAGGAAAAUGCCUUUGAACCACCAAAGUCACCAGGCCAACCUCAACAGACGGUCACACCGUCUCUAACACCCUCGGCAGAGCCACAGCUUCUGCCGGCGCCUCAGACGCAGCAAUCAUCUCAAGGAGCAUUUCCCGGAGAUCGAAGGCCCGCACAACAUGAGACAGCACAUCCAAGAGCACCAAGGGAUAUCGUUGGAGAUGUAUCGGAUCAAAACAUCGUCACUGGAGCACGGAACAGGAAACCAGUGGACCAGGCAUUUACCGCCGCGCUAGAAGAGCCAGAAGACUAUCAUGAAGGUGUCUUAGCAGCGUUCGCAACAGGACUAAACGCUCCUCACCUUCAUAACCUCGUGCACCGCGAUGAUCUGCCUUCAGAGCCUCAGAACUGGAAGGAGAUGAUCAACCAUCAAUAUCACAAGGGCUUUCUUGCCGCUGCAGGCCUUGAAGUUGACACACUCACUCGCAAAAGCACCUUCGAGGUAGUACAGCGUCCAACAGACCGCAGCAUUCAGAUCCUACCUCUCAAAUGGGUCUUCACUUAUAAAUUUGAUAGCAAUGGGUUCCUGAGCAAGCUGAAAGCAAGGCUAUGCAUUCACGAGUACCAGGAGAAGGUUGGCUCAGCCCAAUAUGCAACGACAAUCACUAGACCGGACUCGGCGAAAGCGACGGCUACACUCGCUCAAUUCCUCACAAAUCCCGGUCCCCAGCACCUUGAUGCGAUCAAUAGAGUCAUCUCGUACCUUUACAACACUCGGACAUCGGCGAUCGCGUACAGAGCGCGCGAUCGAUCACAGAAAAAUAGUCAGAUACCAGAGGCAGUUCAGUUCUUUAGCGACGCCUCAUUCGCCGAUAAUCCUGAUCGAAAAAGCUCUGAAGGAUACACAUGUAUGAUGUUUGGAGGACCUGUCGAUUGGAAGGCCAGCAAGCAGCGUACGGUGACUACCAGUACAACCGAAGCUGAGCUCCUUGCGAUUUCAGAAGCUGCCAGGACUGUGGCCAUGUGGAAACGGCUAUUCAAAGCAAUACGCUUCGAUCCUGAGCACGAGCUAAGCAUCAGAUGCGACAACCAACAGACUAUCGGGAUUCUCGAAAAAGAAACACCUCAACUGCGCACGAAGCUCCGCCAUAUUGACAUACACCAGCACUGGCUUCGGCAAGAAGUUCAGAGCAAGCGCAUCAACGUACACUGGGUGAGAACCGCCGAUAUGAUAGCUGAUGGUCUCACAAAGCUACUACCCCGCCAAAAGCAUCUCGGUUUCAUGCAAUCGAUGGCGGUAGCUAUGUAG